GUGACCUUUGGGAACAGGAGCUCCCUUGUAGUGUAUAGUAGAAUCUCUCUUUCUCAGCCUCCAUCCGUCCCGUCUCCGUUCCCGUGCGUCUUUCGCCUGAGUUGAGAGUUCCGACCCCGACCACACAUCACAAUACGCGGACUCAACCGCGUCGGUGUUACUUUGUUUGCUUCUAUCUUGUACACUUUCUUGACGACGGCGACGACGACGACGACGACGCCGACGAGAGAGCCAUUGCUACAUUCGCUUGUAGGAUCCUUCUUCUCAGAGAUACCGCCUUCGCUCUGCUGCUGCUUCAGGAGACGUGGGCUUUUCCACCCAACCGACACCCCGUAAUCUCUCCACGACGCCACACGACUUCCCACGCGAAUCGUUCCUUUGCUGCUACACCCGGCGAUACCGCAUACCUCAGCCGCUCUUCACGUCGCAACACUUCCUCCGCACCAUUGCCGCCGCUGCGCAUCGCGUCGUCCACCUAGCCGGCAGCUACAUAGACUGCUCCCGUCUCCAAUUUUUAGACUUAAUAUCCUCCUCGACCGUUCAGCGGGUGGUGCCGUGGGCCACCCCGUUUCUUCAUAAUGCUUCUCCCCAAAGGCGGCGUCAGCUGGAAGGCUGCGAGAGCACAGCUUCCUCCCGCAAGGGCACUAUGGGCUAUCCUCACAAAGACACGAUUCCUCCUCCUCGUUGCCGUAACAGGAGUGGUGCUAUUACUAUGGCGCGGCAUCAGCACAGGCGCCUCCGAGAUGCAAAGUUUCUAUUGUUGGGGUCCCUCAAAACCGCCAAUGGAGAUGACGCUCAAUGAGCAACAAGCUUGGAAUGCCCACCUCCAUACUCCUGUUAUCUUCAACCACCACGCCCCGCUAGAAAUUAACUCGUCCACCAUCAGCCACGUCGACCUCAACCCCGUCAAGUCCACCACCAAGGCCGUCGCCAACGAGGAGCGCAUCCUGAUCCUCACCCCUCUCAAGGAUGCCUCCAGGUAUCUCUCCAAGUACUUCGAGCUGAUCGCCGAGCUUACCUACCCUCACCACCUCAUCGAUCUUGCCUUCCUCGUCAGCGACUCUACCGAUGACACUCUUGCUGUCCUGGCUUCCGAGCUGGAUCGCAUCCAGAAGCGCCCCGACCAGAUCCCCUUCCACAGCGCCAUGGUUGUCGAGAAGGAUUUCGACUUUAAGCUGAGCCAGAAUGUUGAGGAGCGCCACUCGUUCGCUGCCCAGGGUCCUCGUCGCAAGGCCAUGGGUCGCGCGCGCAACUACCUCCUUUCUGCUGCCCUGAAGCCCGAGCACUCCUGGGUUUACUGGAGGGACGUGGACAUUGUUGACAGCCCCAAGAAGAUCCUCGAGGAUUUCAUUGCCCACGAUAAGGACAUUCUUGUUCCCAACAUUUGGUUCCACCGCUACCAGAACGGCCGCGAUAUCGAGGGUAGAUUCGACUACAACUCUUGGGUCGAGUCCGACAAGGGUCGCAGACUUGCUUCUAGCCUUGACAAGGAUGUUGUUCUCGCUGAAGGCUACAAGGAGUACGACACCGGCCGCACUUACAUGGCUAGAAUGGGCGACUGGCGCGACGACAAGGACGUCGAGAUCGAGCUUGACGGUAUUGGUGGCGUGAACAUUCUUGUCAAGGCCGAUGUUCACCGUUCUGGUAUCAACUUCCCCUGCUACGCUUUCGAGAACCAAGCCGAGACCGAGGGUUUCGCCAAGAUGGCCAAGCGCGCCGGCUACCAGGUCAUCGGUCUUCCCAACUACGUUGUCUGGCACAUCGACACCGAGGAGAAGGGUGGUAACGCAUAAAGAGUCUGUAACUGGAUUCGCUUUGCAUCAACAUCCUGUCUGCACACACCCGAUAAAAAUCGCGCGGCGGCGAAGGGGAAACACGAUCUUUACAUACUGUACGAAAGCCCACGACACACACAUACCAAGAUUCAUCGAAUUCUUCGCCAUCAGCGUGGUGACAAACCGGCGUUAUGGGGUUUACGGCGGGACGGCUCGGAUAUUUUUCUCUUCGUUUUACAAAUAACUUCCAGUCACACUACUCCAUCCGGCUCUCCAACCGACAGCCCCCUCCCACAAAGCCCGCCCGCCGUCCCCGCCUCGCUCGAACGCGGCAACCCCAGGUUGACGUCAACGUCCGAUAGCCGGUAACAGCUACCACACCUUAAUGAGCGGAAACGCACACAACAGACGAAGUAACGUAUACAGGAAGGGUCAUAACAAAAUCAGUCAAUAAAACAUUUUGGUUAACGUAUGUAAAGAGGAGGACGAGGAUGAUGAGUUAUCGGCUCAAAAAGCGAUGAGAGAAGGACAUGUGUAUACAUCAUGAAUGGAUAAAGCAAAAAGUUGUGUUGAAGGCUCGAGCUUUGCUUUAGAAAGGUGUGCCCCGAAGAGAUAAGAGGAGAGGACAGCCAGCUUAUAGCGGACGUCUUUUUUUCCCCCUCUUCUCAGCGAGUUCUUGGUUGCCCCGGUUUGGUUGGACAGUUAGUUGGCUGGCGGUUUGGGUUUCCCCGAACGGGAAAAAAACGGAGAGAGAAAGAAGAGAAUGAAGUUAAGACAUAAUAUACUAUACUUGUUUUCCUGUUUACACAACUUCUCUGUGUACCUUUUUGUUUACAGGCAGACAGUCAUUGCUUCAUGAUAGAAAAAGGGGGGUUUUGUUUACCUCUAGGUGUGCGGGUAGUGUUUUCUUUCUUUCUAUUUUUCUUUCUUCUGUUGUAGGAUAGCUUACUCUUUUUUCUCUUUUUCAGCUUCGACGUGGUCAGCUUUAGUUAACGUAGUAAUGAGAGUAUGUACACUGUCUGCUCUGUUGUCGGGUGGACUGGUACACAUCAGAUAUCACACAUAUCAC